CGCAAGCUUUUUGAAUGUAUAUAAAGAGAUCCGUUGCAAGUUGCUAGUUACAGUACUACGAAUAGUGCAAUCAUGUACGCGCUCAACUUCGCUGUUGUGCUCAGCCUUGCGGCUUUCGCCUACGGGUUCCCCGAGACCCAGAUCGUUGGAGGCAGUGAUGCACCCGUUGGAAAAUUCCCCUACCAAGUUUCUCUGAGAUUAAAUGGACGCCACUUCUGUGGUGGGUCCAUCAUCAGCUCUCGUUACAUCCUUACUGCAGCCCACUGCGUGAAGGCAGUGACCAGCAUUAAGAGCAUUACCGUCCACGCCGGAACGAACCUGGUCAGCGAAUCUGGAGAUGCUUACGCAGUUGAAAGUGGCCUAGCCCAUCCAAGCUACAAUGCUCGUUCGAUCGCCAACGACAUUGCUCUGCUUCGUGUCAGCAAGCCGAUUGCCUUCAAAGCCAACGUUAAAGCUAUCCCACUCGCCACCGGAAAUGUCGCUGAUGGUGCUGCCUGCGUUCUGUCUGGAUGGGGAACCCUGAGGGCCGGAGGAAGUGUCCCCAACAAAUUGCAGUACGCUGACUUGCGCGUCGAGGGUCUGUCUAAGUGCCAACAGGCAUGGAAAGGAGUAGCCACUGUUCAAAGCACUCAAAUCUGCACGUUCACCAAAGUCGGACAAGGCGCAUGCAACGGUGACUCUGGUGGCCCCCUCGUCGCCAACGGACAACAAAUCGGUAUCGUAUCCUUCGGACGCCCAUGCGGUGUUGGAAGCCCUGAUGUGUACACCAGAGUAUCCUCCUACUUGAACUGGAUCAAACAACAACAAUCUUACAUCCAAGAUGACGAAGAGCCUCAAUCCGAGGUGGACACGUUCGAUGAAGAAGUACAAGAUAACAGCGAGAGCAUCGAAAUCGAACCUCGAGAAUUUAUUUACUAACUGGCUUCAUUCAAACGUUUUAUUGAUUUACCAUAGUGCCUUAAGAUUCAACAUUGGAUAUGUUAAUUAAUUUCAAGUAAACUCGUAAAUGUAACAAUA